AACCAAAAACCACUCACUACUACUCAUCUUCCACUUGUUCAAUUCCCUCUUAUCAAACUUGUAACCAUUUCAUCACCACCAACAUGAACGGUGCCGCCGGCGUUUUUGCAGAGGAAGAAACCCACGCCGCCGCCCGUUGUUCCACCCCCAACCGCUUGGACUGCCGUAUACCGGCGGCGUCGGCGCCACCACCGCCGCCAAAGAAAAAGCCUUUAUCUUUUGGGAGGAAACGAGAGCCGCCAAAAAAUGGUUACUUCCACCCGCCUGAUCUCGACCAGCUCUUCUCUCUUGUGCUUCCAACUACAACUGCUUUUAACUGACACUCUUCUCUAGUUCUCUUCCACACCCAACUGUGUUUUUGUUUUUUUGGGUUGUGUUUUGUAUUCGGAAAAGUUAAUGUUGUUAUAUAUGUGACCGGUGUAAAUAUAUAAUACUUCUCCUUCUAGAUUCUGUUGUCUGUUACUACGGUUGGGUUUGUACAAAACAUGCACCAUGAAGAAGCCCCUCACUGGUCAUGGGAUUUCUAUUUAUACAUAGCUCAAAGUUUCCUCA